AUGGCGAACGCUGGGGUCGGGGGUGCAGUUCCAGGCUGGUGGGCAGCCUACGCCCUGGCUGUGGCCCUUCUCUGGCUGUGUCCACUACUGCUGCACGCCCAAUCUGCGGGGACCACCGCCCGAUCAGCGGGGAUCACCGCCCAGCCCGCGGGGUCCACCGCCCAAUCUGCGUGGACCACCGCCCAGCCUGUGGGAACCACCGCCCAGCCCAGGAGGACCACUCAGGACGGGGCUGGCUGUGUGUGCCUCAUGACUGGGACUAUCUCCACAGUGUGUGGGAGGCCCGUAGUGACUGGGAAGAUCUUUGGUGGCAAGAAUGCAUCUGACCAGCGGUGGCCAUGGCAGGCCAGCCUGCUCUACCAUGGCAAGCACAUCUGUGGAGCAGCCCUCAUCAGUGCCUUCUGGGUGAUCUCAGCUGCCCACUGUUUCCAAAAGUCCCAUGAGCCAUCAGACUACAAGAUCCUGCUAGGGUACCAUAAGCUACAGCAUCCCACCGAGCACAGCCUGCAGAUGACAGUAUACCGAGUCAUCAUCCACGAUGAUUUUAAUAAGCGCUACAUCAUGGGGAGUGACAUCGCAUUAUUGCAACUACAUAGGUCUGUGAAUUUUACUUCCCAUAUCCUCCCUGCCUGCCUCCCAGAGCCUAAUGCAACGUUGCCCCCUCAUACCUCUUGCUGGAUAACUGGCUGGGGAAUGAUCACUGAAGAAGAGUUCCUGCCUCCACCUUCACAACUGCAGGAGGGGGAGGUUGGCAUCAUGGACAACGAGGUCUGUAAAAUUUAUUUCCAAUCGCCAGACACCGGUAAAUACUCUCUACACGAGGAUAUGGUGUGUGCCGGGGACCUCAUUACCGGAAAGUCCAUCUGCCGAGGAGAUUCUGGAGGUCCCCUUGUCUGCAAGCUGAACAAUACCUGGUUUCUGAUGGGGCUAUCCAGCUGGAGCUUGGCUUGCCACCAGCCCAUAAGCCCCAGCGUCUUCACCAGACUCACCUACUUCUCCAGCUGGAUCAGUGAGAAGCAGGAAGCCUCACCAAAUCCUGAUCCUUCUUCUGCUCCUCCUCAGAGCAAACCUCCUGCUUUGGAUGACUUUAAUUCCCUGGGCACUGUUCACAAGCCCAGGAGCUGCACAACCCUUGUGUUUUCACAGACCUUUCCUCUGCUGCUGAUUUCCCUCAGGGCUCUGUGACAGACCACAUGGUGCCCCUCUCAAGUUCUCACCCUCAAGCAUGCCUGCUUUAGUGCCGAUGGGCCCUGCAUUCUCCUAAAUCUGUCUAUCUCUGAGCUCUCCUGUCCACCCGAGGCCUGCUCUAGGACUGACAAAAUAAAAA